UGAGUCAGUUGUGACACCCGGAGCUGCUGAGCCGGCUGGGAGCCCGCGGCACGUCGGCAGGCUGGAGACUCGGGAGUCGCGCGAGUCAGCCCUGGCCUUGUCUUAGAGCUCCGCCGAGCCGGGCGCCGUCACCGUCUCCCGCCCCCGCCAGCGAACCGCCGCCGCCACCGCCGCCGCCGCCACCACCGCGGGCGCGCCCCCGCUCUGCGCUGUCUCCGAUGGCGUCCGCCUCCGGGGCCAUGGCGAAGCACGAGCAGAUCCUGGUCCUCGACCCUCCCACAGACCUCAAAUUCAAAGGCCCCUUCACAGAUGUAGUUACUACAAAUCUUAAAUUGCGAAAUCCAUCGGAUAGAAAAGUGUGUUUCAAAGUGAAGACUACAGCACCUCGCCGGUACUGUGUGAGACCCAACAGUGGAAUUAUUGACCCCGGAUCAACUGUGACUGUUUCAGUAAUGCUACAGCCCUUUGACUAUGAUCCAAAUGAAAAGAGUAAACACAAGUUCAUGGUACAGACAAUUUUUGCUCCACCAAACAUUUCAGAUAUGGAAGCUGUGUGGAAAGAGGCAAAACCUGAUGAAUUAAUGGAUUCUAAAUUGAGAUGUGUAUUUGAAAUGCCGAAUGAAAAUGAUAAGCUGGGUAUAACUCCAUCAGGGACUGUUCCAGCUGUCACUUCCGUGAGCAGCAGCAGCAGCCCAGUCGCAACAUCUGACAGUUAUCUCGUGAAGAAUGACCCCAAGGGACCCAGUGUGUUCAAACAGAAUGAUAUGGAACCUAGCAAAGCUGUUCCAUUGAAUGCAGCUAAACAAGAUGGACCCAUGCCAAAGCCACAUAGUGUUUCACUCAACGAUACUGAAACAAGGAAACUGAUGGAAGAGUGUAAAAGACUUCAGGGAGAAAUGAUGAAGCUAUCAGAAGAAAAUCGACAUCUGCGAGAUGAAGGUUUAAGGCUCAGAAAAGUAGCACAUUCGGAUAAGCCUGGAUCCACCUCAGCUGCGUCCUUCAGAGAUAACGUCACCAGUCCUCUUCCUUCUCUUCUGGUUGUAAUUGCAGCCAUUUUCAUUGGAUUCUUUCUAGGGAAAUUCAUCUUGUAGAGUGAAGCAUGCAGAGUGCUCUUUCUUUUCUUUUCUUUUCUUUUUUUUUUUUUUCUCCUUCUCUUGACCAGAAAAUGAUUUGUUUACCUACCAUUUCAUUGGUAGUAUGGCCCGCGGUGACCAUUUUUUUUGUGUGUGUACAGCGUCAUAUAGGCUUUGCCUUUAAUGAUCUCUUACGGUUAGAAAACAAUAAAAAAAAAAACUGUUCGGCUACUGGACAAAUUGUAUAUUACCAGAUCAUCAAUAGCAGAUGUCAGUUGCACAUUCAGUCCUUUAUGAAAUUCAUAAAUAAAGAAUUGUUCUUUCUUUGUGGUUUUAAUAAGAAUUGUUCAGAGUCUUGUAAAUGUUAUUUUAAUAAUCCCUUUAAAUUUUAUCUGUUGCUGUUACCUCCUGAAAUAUGAUUUAUUUAGAUUGCUAAUCCCACUCAUUCAGGAAAUGCCAAGAGGUUUUCUGUGGGGAAAUGGUGCCUCUUAACUGUGUAAAUUCUCUCCUUUACCUUUGCUAAUAUCAUGGCAGAAUUUUUCUUAUCCCUUGUGAGGCAGUUGACUGAGUUUUUCAUCCUUACAAUCCUGUCCCAUGGUAUUUAACAUAAAAAAUAAAACUGUUAACAGAUUCUUGCUCGAUA